GGGCAAACAAACGUCAACCUGUUGUUUGUCCCGUCACCGUUUAUCUACUCUGAGAAACCAGCACAAGGAAGUGCGGCUCCCACAGGCGCUCAGAAAGUUCAGCAUGCAGGAAGUUUGGGGCGAGCUCGGCCACUAGCGAGGCGACUCGGGCUAGCGCGGGGCGAGCGGCACCGAGGCGCGGCGUGUGUCCCGGAGCGGAACGCGGGUUUUUCUUAGAGCAGCACUGACCCUAGGUCGCCUGACCCAAAUGCACCGACUCAUCUUCGUGUAUCUGCUAGUCUGCGUAAACUUCUGCAGCUACGGAGACACUUCGGCCACUCCGCAGAGCGCAUCCACCAGAGCUUUACGCAACGCCAAUCUCAGGCGAGAUGAGAGCAAUCACCUCACAGACUUGUACCGAAAAGAUGAGACCAUCCAGGUGACAGGAAAUGGCCACUUGCAGAGUCCUCGCUUCCCGAACAGCUACCCCAGGAACCUGCUUCUGACGUGGCGGCUCCAUUCUCACGAGAAAAGCAGGAUACAACUAGCGUUUGACCAUCAGUUUGGAUUAGAGGAGGCAGAAAAUGAUAUCUGUAGGUAUGAUUUUGUGGAAGUUGAAGACAUAUCUGAAACCAGUACUGUUAUUAGAGGACGAUGGUGUGGACACAAGGAAGUUCCUCCAAGGAUAACAUCAAGAACAAACCAGAUUAAAAUAACAUUCAAGUCUGAUGACUACUUUGUGGCUAAACCUGGAUUCAAGAUUUAUUAUUCUUUUGUGGAAGAUUUCCAGCCUGCAGCAGCAUCAGAGACCAACUGGGAAUCGGUCACAAGCUCUGUCUCAGGCGUACCAUAUCACAGCGUAUCAUAUCACAAUCCAUCAGUAACAGAUUCCACUCUCACUGCGGAUGCUCUGGACAAAACAGUUGCAGAAUUUGAUACUGUGGAAGAGCUGCUUAAACACUUCAAUCCAGGCUCAUGGCAAAACGAUCUUAAGAAUUUGCAUUUGGAUGCUCCACGUUACCGAGGCAGGUCAUACCAUGAGCGUAAGUCAAAAGUUGACCUGGAUAGGCUCAAUGAUGAUGUCAAACGAUACAGCUGCACACCCAGGAAUUAUUCUGUCAAUUUAAGAGAGGAGCUAAAGCUGACCAAUGUGGUCUUCUUCCCACGAUGCCUCCUUGUGCAGCGCUGUGGAGGAAACUGUGGCUGUGGAACUGUCAACUGGAAGUCCUGCACAUGCAGUUCAGGGAAAACUGUGAAAAAGUAUUAUGAGGUAUUAAAGUUUGAACCUGGCUAUUUCAAGAGGAGGAACAGAGCAAAGAAUAUGGCUCUUGUUGACAUCCAGUUGGAUCACCAUGAACGGUGUGACUGUAUCUGCAGCUCAAGACCACCUCGAUAAAUGAUUGUUCACACAGUUACAUUAAGCAUGCGAGAGCAUUUAGAUUAAGCAGGGGGCAGCAAGAGACCCUUUUCCCACCAGCAACUUAAUACUAGCCUACAUUGCAAUAAAUACAAGUGGUUGCUGAGUUUGAACCUAGCUUAAUUAGUGUCAUAUAGCACAUAGAAAGGGUAUGUCAUCAAUCUUUAUAUCCAAGAAUAUAGGACUGCAUUUAAUGAUAGUACAAGAAGAGAGAUAUACAUCAUAUAUGUUUAUGAUAUGUUUACAUCCAUAUCUAGAUGUAAAUAAGUCAAAUGAUUUAUUCAAUAUAUAUAAUCAGAAACACCAGAGCAUAUAAAUGGUCAUUUCCAAUCUUACUCUUAUGACAAAAUAAGAGGAAUAUCAAAUAUAUAUUUCUUUUAUAUUUCAGAUGAAUCAUUUUUGUUAUAGCUUCAAUCACAAAAUAACUUUUCAUCUUUGUUUAUGAAAGUAUCUUGUAUGUUAAAAACAAACAAAAAAAUUUUUAUGUACAUUGUAUCUUAGUUGAUAAUAGCGCAAAAGAAAAAUAUGAUUUUUGGGAAAAGAGCAAAUACUUAAUUGUUGUCCCCAGGAGAUAUACUUACCUAUGUAGGUGAUUAUUAUCUGUCUCCAAAACUGUGCCAAAAUAAUACAGGUGCUUUAGAAAGUAAGACAUGAAGUCUUUUGAUACAUUUUCUAAGGUACACCAACUCAUUUCACACCUGUCUCAGAAAAAUUGCUCAGGAGCUUAUUGUUAUACGCCAGCAAGAGACAAUGUAUAGCUUGUAGCCAGAUUUCAGAUUGCUUUCUUCCCAUAAGUCCUCAACAAAAGCAAAUCCUCUCAAGAAUGACCUGGGACUUGUGUAUGAACCAUUCAAAAAGAUAUUCAUUAGCAGAGUUAGGCAGUUCAAAGUAAAAAAAAAAAAAGAUUAUUGAAGUGUUCACAUAACUGAAAAUUAGAUGGAAUGUUUUAUGGAAUCCUUAUUCAGUAAUGGAUUCAAACUGUUGAAGCUGGGCCAAUGCACUUACUUAUUUUGCUUAAAUACAUGGAUUUACAGCAGUGUUAUAGACUUGGCAAGCCAACAUGGAUUAUUCGUAGUCUACAAAGCUUUUGCAUAUUAAUAACCAAUUUUGCUGAUGUAAAUUCCUGAUUACUAAGUUACUCAGUCACAGUUCUGAACUGUUGUGUCUGAACCCAGUGAAAUCAGAUCUGGGGUCUUGGUGCUUUCCAAAUCUGCAGUUGGUUCAAGGAGUCAGUUGUUAAAAAGUAUGGGAGAACAAGUUUGGCUCUGUUUUACUAGAAAAUUGUUUUUGCAUUGAGUAUUGAUAUUUCGAGUAGAUUUUCUUCCCUGUCUGCUUAUUUUCUAUUUUAAAGGAUACUGGCCACAAAAGUAGGUGAUGAUUCAUUGUUCUCCAAAGACACUUAAGAGAGAAUACUGAAUUCUAAAUAGGUCAAGAAUGGGCAUGAAAACUCUAUUUUUCUUCCUAUCUUGAAGAUAAAAUGGGGAGUUAAUUUCUUCUGUGAGUCUGUGGACCUACUUACCUGCAAGCAGACAGGGUGAGGAAUUUGUGACUGGGCUCCUUAAGGUCCAGUGUCAUAGGACUGGCCUGUUAAAUGUAAUUGAAUAGCUAACUGGAAUGCUACAAAACCAAGUUCUCAAGUACCCUUAAGGAACUCAGUGCUUCUCAUCAUUUUGCAAUGAAAGACUUACGCUUAUUAAAAAUAUAACUUCUGCUCCUUUAGAAGUGUUCCGGGUCUUUUUUCAGGGACUGACUGGGGAAAUUAAAUAUUUUAUAGUUCAGUCUCCAGAACCCAAUAGCACAAUCAGAAGUAGUUUGGAGACAAUAACAGUCAGCAACCACCCUUCUCCUUCAUGGCCACUGUGAAUUUCCUGAGAAAACAUUGUCUUCCUGUACCAACAUCAAAAAGUGUAUUACAUCAUUCCAGCUGGUAUGGCUCACAUCACAGCUGUAAAUAUGAAAAACUAGAAUUUUCCACCCAGUUUCCAAUAAACCUUUCAGGCUGCAAUAACUACAAUAGUUUGUAGUUAAGGCCCUAUCUGUGCUUUUAUUUAUUAGCUUAAAUGUAAACAGGCAUAUUCAAUCUCUUUUGCUUUCCUGACUGUUUUAUUAAAACUUCUCCCUUGGUUAUCUGUUAUCUAUUGCACUUCCAAUGUGUAGCCAGUAAAUCUGUUUCAUUGCCAUCAAAGGAAUAAAAAGCUUACUGUACAAAUUGCAUUUCAAAGCAAACCCCAAUAAAUCCACACGUCUGCAUUGGCUCGCUCACCUGGAAUAAUGUGUUUCACUCAGUAUGUUCUUGCAAUGUGGAGUUUUGAAAAUGUUUAUAUAUUGGUAACAUGCAGCUUUCUAGGUCUCAUAGCUUUAUCUGUAACUGUAAUGUGCCUCUUCAUGAAAAAAAUAAAUAUUGAUUUUGAAUUAUACUAUUCCAUUAUUUAGUACUCAGUUGCAAAUUUAAAGCUAUCCUAGGGUGAAAACUUACGUUUCACCAGUGUGUGAAAAUGUUUGGAAUGACAAGAUAGGGCAGUUUCUGAGCAGUGUGAUUUAUAGCGGCCGAAAGAGAGAACAUCUUCUCUCAGCCUACAAAAUCCUCUUCUGUACCUGUCCUGCAGCGACACAGUAACUGGAGACCUAGGUUUGGGUUUUUGCUCCUGCUGUUGUUCCUUAUUUCACUUUUUAUAUGAACUUUUAAUAAAAUAUAUUCUCUGACAUUUCUUUAUUAUUAUUCUACCAGAAACAGGAUAGCAAUUACAGAGUUUUGAGUGAAACUUUGCCGGAGUAGUGAUUUUUCUUAGUUUUAUGUAGUUUGGGCAACACAAAUAGCAACAAGAAUUCUAUGGCAGAAAUCCAUUUUACCAUCAGAAAAAUCAGGUGUGUGUGUGUGUGUGUGUGUGUGUGUGUGUGUGAUGUAGGAACAAAAUAAUGAAGUAAUUCUGUGAAUAAUGGUGAAUGUACAAAACUUGAGCUUUUAUGUAAAAAUCAUAGUAGCCAAAUAUAAAUGACAUUUUAAGGCAAAUGUGCUGAACCUUUUAUUUCAUUUCCUCAAUGUGUAAUUUUCCAGUUUUAACUUUAAAAAUAACUCAGUAAAUAUUCUUAUUGCUCAUAUUCUCCUGGGGUUCUCUGGGUGAAUGCUAAAUUAAAAUUCAUACAUAUUAUUCAUGCCUGAAAUACUAGAAAAUAGCAAUUUGUCUGUCGGCAGUCAUAAUCACAUAUUUUGGAAGAUAGAAUAGAAUUCACUAUUUUAAUUGGCAUUCACUCAAAUUAUGUUGUUGUUUAAAUAUCAAGUGAAAGAAUAACCAGACCUUCAAAAUAAAAUAAAAUUAUCUCAGAAUAGUUGCACAUCAACAAUGCAUAAGAUACUAUCUACUUAACGUAAUGAUCUUUGCUUGAUUUUAAAGUUAUUUUAUUGUUUAUAAAUUAGUUUGUGACUUUCAAUUAGAUUUUAUUUCUACAUAAAUGUCUAAAAUACUCUUAAGCAGAUCACAGUAGGAGAGUAUAGGCAAGUCCAUUAAUAUAUUAAUUGCAGCAAGAUAAUAGAUAAAAAAUCUUCAUUUUGUAACAAAGUUAUUUGAAUUUCUAAUUAUUUUAGAUUGUUGGAUCCUGAUAGCCAGAUUUAUUGGAUUCAAUCUGUAUUUUUAAAUAAUGCUGCAAUAAAUCACUGUUAGUAAACAGAUUUCUGAAUUAUAUUUAGCAUGUCUCUAUGAUUAAGGCCAUGUUACAAACUCAUUUGUGCUCUAGUAUUUUCAUCUGUCUUCUCUAGGCUUUGUAGGUUUUACUUUUCUCCCAGUGACUUCAACGUUUGUCCUGUUCUUAUCUGUCAGUGUUCUGGUCAGUGGAGAUAAUGUUUGGUGUCUACUUUAGGGAG